CGAAGGGAGCUCUGGUUUAAAGGACUUGCAGUUAAAAGAGUGCAUUUACUAGCGCUUCUUCGCAAGGUUAUGUCAAUUACUUCACAUCACUGCAUUCUGUUUUUUCAUCUAGGGUUUACAUCUGAGCCUUCAUGCGAGGUGUUUUUCAGUGCAUCGGAUUCACACAGCAAGAAUUGACGUCAGGGUGAUCGACUGGAUGGACAAUUGUAUUAUCAGGUGAAAAAGAACUGCAAGAAAACUAGCCUUUGGUUUUAAAUGAGAUGCCUUUAAUGGAGGGAUACUUUUACAGUUUAACACAGAAGAAAUAAUGGGUUGCAGUCUGCAGAGGAACAUCCUUUCACAGUCGAAGGCUAGAAAAUGAAACGACAUACUUAAGAGAAAAGACCAUUAGUAAAAUCUGGAACACAAUAGAUCAUUCAUUUGCACACCCAAAAGAGUAAAUUCUCCUUCCUUCUGCACAAUUUCUAUCUUCCUCUCUGUGGCUAACACACAUACUCAUACACACGCCAAAAACACAAAUCAUGCCAGAAAAUGUGAGCUCCAGAAUGGACACACCCACCAACAUCUCCCUGGUGGGACCCGGGGAUGCCGUUUCCGAGUCCCUGGAGUAUAAAACAGUUUCUGUGUUUUUGGUGUUGCUGGUCUGUGGGGUGGGAAUUGUGGGAAACAUCAUGGUUGUGCUGGUGGUUCUUACCACGCGACACAUGCGUACACCCACCAACUGCUAUCUGGUGAGCUUGGCGGUGGCGGAUCUGAUGGUUCUGGUGGCUGCAGGUCUGCCGAACAUCUCGGAGAGCCUGAUGGGCACCUGGGUGUAUGGGCAUGCCGGGUGCCUGGGCAUCACCUACUUUCAGUACCUCGGCAUUAAUGCAUCCUCCUGUUCGAUCACAGCCUUCACAGUGGAAAGGUACAUCGCCAUAUGUCACCCAAUGAGGGCACAAACUGUCUGUACGGUGUCUCGAGCCAAGCGCAUCAUUGCGGGGGUUUGGGCCUUUACCUGUGUCUACUGCAUGCUUUGGCUCUUCCUAGUGGACAUCCAGGUGGACCCCGAGGGGCGUGUACAGUGUGGUUACCGUGUAUCUCGAGACCUCUACCUGCCCAUCUAUCUCAUCGACUUCGCCAUCUUUUACGUCAUCCCUCUACUUCUGGCCAUUGCCUUAUACGGUCUCAUCGCCCGAAUCCUUUAUUUGAACCCUCUACCCCACCCACCCAACUCGGGCACCGUAACUGCCCCCACUCUCAGGAGGAGCUGCAAAGAUCCAGCAGAUGCCAGUAAGGCAGGUCGCCAAGGACGCCCGAAGACUGCGCUCUCCUCCCGGAAGCAGGUCACUAAGAUGCUAGCAGUGGUGGUGGUGCUGUUCGCCCUGCUAUGGAUGCCGUACAGAACCCUGGUUCUUAUUAAUUCAUUCGUAAGCACGCCCUACCUGGACGCCUGGUUCUUGCUCUUCUGCCGGAUCUGCAUUUAUGCCAACAGUGCGAUCAACCCUGUGGUUUACAACCUGAUGUCCCAGAAGUUUCGUUCGGCCUUCCGCGGGCUGUACCGCUGUCAGAGGGAGGACGGACAACAGCGUACGCUCUCCAUGCUCCAAAGUGGGUGCAGCCUAAGAGACAACCGACCCUGUAACAAUAUCAAUGGCACACCGAAGAAAAUCGGUUCAAGCUCCCCUAAGCAAAAGCAAAACAAACCCAACGACAUAGAGAACACGCUAACAACAAGCGAUGAUGUAACAAACGAGACGGAUCCAAACGUACACAAAAAUGCAGUCGGGAACACUGCUAGCGAUAAAAGCCAAACCUCAGAAGACAAGGAGAUGUCUACACUGAAGGAUGUGGACAGGAAUGAGAAUACUGAUAAUGGUAAGAAUACGGAGGAAAGCGAGGGUACUAUUCAAGAUAUCAUCGCUGACAUGGGAAGCACAGAGAAGAUGCUGAGCUCUGCCACAUUGGAAAAAACUGAUCGGAAUGACAGAGAGCUGAUUCACAGCCAUGUAUAGAUCACUAGUAUUCAAUAUUUACUGCAUGUUGAGAAUGAAAAGAGGACAAAAAUAGGUUUGAAAUUGAGAUGUAUGUCCUUAUAGCUGUCGUGUUCUCUCUCCAGUGAAAGUGGCAAAUCUGAGGCCAUUUGGCUGUCAGCAUCAGCAACACAUGCCUCCUUUUCAGAGAGACACACACAUGGCUGCUCGAUUUGGGCAAAUAAUCACAUUGCAAUUCAAACUAUGAUAAAAAUUUGACAAAGUGUAUUGCAGCUGCUCAGAUAUAAAGACUAAAAGAACAAAAAGGCAACAAAAAGUGCCCGUAAGACUAAAGCACAAACGAGAACUCUUUAAUGUCUCUUUUUUAAUGAGUCUUUAAAAGAUUCAGUCAGUUUAUCUCUAAGAACUUCACCCAAUUGAAUACAGAGUAACAGAGCAUAAAGAUGAACUAUAUAUUUAAUUCAGUUUUAGCUCAAUUUAUUCAAGACUUUAAUUCGAUGAAUUUAAUUCACACUCCAGUGUGUGCUGUCUUUUCUCAUCACAUAAGUUGAUUCCAACUGAAAGAGAAAUCUUACCACCAAUUCAGCUUUUAAAGCAACAUCCCAGAGUUUUCCUCAAAAAACACUUGGCAGGUGCUUUAGGGCAUGAGAUCCAUUCGGAUGCAUUCAAGCAACUAUAAGGCCCAGAGACACUUCUGUGUUUUUCGCUAACACAAGACAUGUGCCAUAGCUAGAUGUAUUGUCUAGCCAUUUGUUUCAUAAAAACUAAAAUACACUCAACUCCCUGUAUGGCUAGAGGAAUGCUGAGCCUUUUAGACCCCAUUUAUGACCUCAUAAAGAUGAGUAAGGCAUUCAUUUGUCAGGUGUAGUUUUUCAUCUAUUUCGGUAGAGAGCACAGAGAGCCGAUGGUUUCUGUUGAAGCAAGCAGAGGCCUGUUUACACUUGGUAUUAAGGGGCUGUUUAUACAUGAAAUUAAGAUGCGUUUUUGUCGAUCGGAUUACACCUGGUAUUUUAAUCCUUCUCUUUUGUUUACUUUUGACCGCUUCUGUCCUGAUUACUUUUAAGAGAAUGGCCUUUGGAGAUUGUGGGCGAGGGAGAAAUGAUGGAUUGAAAUUGAUGCAAACUAAGGCCCUGUUUACACGAGAACGCUCGAGGGUGAAAACUUAAAAAUAUUUUAUCGGAUGCUCCUUUAGUUUACACGGUGACUGCGUUUUUGGGGCUUAAAAAUGCAAAAAAGUGAAACCACCCUCCAGAGUGGAGAUCUUAAAAACGCUCUACCGUCGCGUUCCCGUCUAAAGGGUAAAAACGCAAAGUCUGCUCAGGGUGGCUCUCGUUGCGUAUGCGUUUACAUUACAGGCAUGCACCAGGGGCUGUUUACACUUGGUAUUAAGAUGUGUUUUCAUCGAUCGGAUCACAAGUGGACGAGAGAGACACAUUACGUUUACACCUGGUUUUUAAAUCUGUCUCUUUUGUCCACUUUCAACCGCUUAUGUCCUGAAUACUGUGAGGGGGUGGUCUGUGAGACGGUGGGCGAGUCUCUCUGCUGUCAUUCAAACGCGAGCGGGAGUAAUUAUGAGUUCAUAUGGACGCAAACUAAUAUUAUGUCGGAGUCCGCGUGUAUGUCUAGCAAGUAAACAUGCUGCACAGUGUUUUGUUCGUGUAUAUGUUAGAGCUUUCUCUGAAUUUUCAGCGCAAUUGAUGAAAUAAGAUCGCGCAACAUUCACACGCUUUCAAAACGAAACUACGGAGAUCAGCCGCUUUAGUUGUAUCAAUGAAAGGCUAAAAAUAGCACUGUUCACCGUAUCUUCAAGCCAGAAGUCAGAAAAGACGUAAAACUUGUGUUCAGUACCUCAGAUUAGAUAAAUGGGCGGAGAGAAGGCGGUCGCGUGUGGCUGUUCGAACACAUUCAACCACAUGUGCGUUUACAUAAGCAAAAGCAAUCCGAUCGAAAGGGGUUUCGACUACCUCUGAAUGUGGUUGAAAGUGGAAGCGUUCAAAACGUUUUGAACACUGUUUACACCUGGCAUUAACUUCGUCCACUUGUGAUCCGAUCGAUGAAAACGCAUGUUAAUGCCAAGUGUAAACAGCCUCCCAGUUCAGGAAAAUAACAACAAACAUGUCGGAUUUUUCCAUACGUCGGACCUUCAAGUUGCCAUAGCAGCUCUGAUAAAUAUACAAGAGUCUUUCCAGCAGUUGUACGAAAUAUUCACAGCUAGUAUCACUGAUCGGAGAAGGCGCAUUCAAGUACCUCCAUCAAAUUGUUGAUGCGCCAACUCGUCGGAGGCAAACCAGACGGCUUUGGACGAGACCUGGGAGAACAAGUAAGAAGGUUGUACGCAGGCGUGCAUACUUGGACUUGGUGUUGUUGUGUGUCAGUGCUUCACACAUUGCCACCUAGCUGCCUGGAGUGCAUACUCCAUCGAAUAUCACACACUUUUGCGCCACCAUAUGCAAGGAGAUUCCCCCCAAAAUGUUUGUAUAAACGUGGAAUAAAAAUUGAUAAUGCAACGCUACUUUUGUGUUUUCUCUUCAGAUCGUUUCCGUGUAAACGUAGCCUAAUAUUAUGUCAGAUUCCCCUGCUUGUGUUGUAAGUAAACAUCCUGCACAGAGUUUUGUACAUAUAUAUGUAAGAGCUUUCUUUGAUAUUUCAGAGCAAUAGAUGAAAUAAGCUUGCGCAACUUUCACACGCUCAGGGCUACUCUAUGCCUCUUUUAUCUAUAAAAGCCUAAAGAUCGUGCUGAAUAGGGCUGUCACAAUGAUUAAAUAAUCAUCUCAUCGCGAUUGUUUGACCUCAUCGUGAUGAUUUCAGAUCACCGCAAUGAUUGCACAUCUCUCUAAAAAACACAAGGGGGAGAUGCAGCGCCUGUAUAAACGACCGUAUCAGAUUACUUUUAAAUAUGUGUUAUGUGUAUUAAUAUUUACUGCCAGGUAAACCUUGCAAAAUAUUUUAUUUAAAUAAUCACAACAACAUGUGAAAAUUAUUUCAUAAAUAAAGAAAAAAAUAUUAGAAUUAAAUGUCAAACCAAUAAAACAGACAAUUAAUCGUCAAAAGCCCUAAAACAGGCAAUUAAUCGUCACAUUUUAUUAGACAAUUAACCCGCCAGCCGAAUCUCAUAAACGUGACAGCCCUAGUGCUGAACACUGUUGGUUUGCGCUAGAACUCAUGUCCAAUGUAAAAACAUUGUGCUCAGUAGCUACAUUACAUUAGAUCAAUAGGCAGAAAGUAUGCAGUCUUUUGUCGCCGCUCGAACACAUUCGACCACAAUGCGUUUUCGACUACCUCUGAAUGUGGUCAAAAGUGGACGAGCUCAAAACUUUGUACAUCCCGUUUACACCUGUAUUUAGUGUCUUUUAUUUGUGAUCCGAUCGACCAAAAUGCAUUUUCAUAC